AUGGAUCCUUCGGAGAAGAAGAUAUCGGUGUGGAUCUGCCAGGAGGAGAAGCUGGUGUCUGGGCUCUCUCGUCGUACCACUUGCUCAGACGUGGUGCGAGUGCUGUUGGAAGACGGCUGCCGGCGACGGCGGAAGCUGCGGCAGGGCCGACGGCGGGGGUCGGCCAGUGACCCUCCAGGCCCGGGGGAGCUGCCGGAACCCCUGGACGAUGACGACGAAGACGACGACGAGACGCUGCCGCCGGGCUUGCUGUGCGGGCCCCCGCAGUGCUAUUGCAUCGUGGAGAAGUGGCGGGGCUUUGAGCGCAUCCUGCCCAACAAGACGCGCAUCUUGCGCCUCUGGGCCGCCUGGGGCGACGAGCAGGAGAAUGUGCGCUUCGUGUUGGUGCGCAGCGAGGCGUCGCUACCCAACACGGGUCCGCGCAGCGCCGAGGCGCGCGUGGUGCUCAGUCGCGAGCGCCCCUGCUCAGCCCGGGGGACCCCGGUGCGGCCCAGCCUGGCCAUGACCCAAGAGAAGCAGCGGAGGGUGGUGCGCAAGGCCUUCCGAAAGCUGGCCAAGCUCAAUCGCCGGCGUCAACAGCAGCCGUCGUCUCCCUGUUCGUCCACUUCGUCGUCCACCGCUUCGUCCUGCUCGUCGUCGCCGCGAGCCACUGAAAGCGCGUCGGUGGAGCGCAUGGAGACGCUGGUGCAUUUGGUGCUUUCCCAGGACCACACCAUCCGUCAGCAGGUGCAGCGGCUUCGGGAGUUGGACCGUGAAAUCGAUCGCUACGAGGCCAAGGUGCACCUGGAUCGCAUGCGGCGGCACGGAGUCAACUAUGUGCAGGACACUUACUUGCUGGGCGCAGGCAUUGAGAUCGACGGUUCCAACCCGGGAGAGGAGCCAGAGGCGGCGGCUACGGUGGCGGCAGCGCCCCUGGACGGCGAUGCGCAGGCAGAGGCACUGGAGGAGCUGGCCCGACGCUGCGACGACCUGCUGCGGCUGCAAGAGCAGCGGGUCCAGCAGGAGGAGUUGCUCGAGCACCUCUCGGCCGAGAUUCAGGAGGAGCUGAACCAGAGGUGGAUGCGGCGGCGCCAGGAGGAGCUGGCAGCGCGGGAGGGGUCCCCGGAGCCGGAAGGCAGCCUCGACAGCGAGCUGCUGCUGGAGCAGGAGCGGGUCAGGACGCAGCUCAGCACCAGCCUCUACAUCGGGCUCCGGCUCAACACGGACCUGGAGGCCAUCAAGUCCGACUUGGAUUACAGCCAGCAGCAGUGGGACAGCAAGGAGCGCGAGCUGCAGGGCCUUCUCCAGACUUUGCACACGCUGGAGUUGACGGUGGCACCUGACGGGACUACCAGCUCUGGCGGACCCUCGCGGGAACCCCGGCCUCAGGCCCGCGCUGAGGUGUGGGUGGACCAGGCCCGUGGACUGGCCAAAAGCUGUCCUGGCAACGACGAGGACUCCGACACGGGACUGAGCUCUAUGCACAGCCAAGACUCAGACUCAGUACCCGUGUGCGAAUCCCUUGUAUAGGAAGAACAGCCGGAGAGAGACUGCCG